AUCAAUACUAGCUGCUAGGAACCUGCCUUACAAGAUGAGCUUCAAGCUCUUGCUGGCGCUACUCUCCAUGAGUAUGCUCGCUGCGGCUUUUCCCGCUCUACCAGAUAUCACUCCAACGAUGGCUCCCCUCGCUACACCGGACAACGCCACCACUGCGACCGACAAAAACUGGACAAGCGGUAUAUGCCGGUUCCACCUCAAACUGCGCCAGAUUUGCUACCGAAGUUUUCCCGAUUACCACCUCCAGACCUUCGCAGCCUUCACCAACUUCAAGGACGGCGCCGGCCACGAAAUUCAAGACUUGACCGGUGCCACGCCAGACUCUACCAACGUGGACUCCAAGCCCGUCUUCGAGAUCCAUAGACCCGACGGCUUCUACAUGCGCUGGAAGUACUACGAGUGGACGUCCGGAAAGACCCUGAGGGAGAAGAUGACGUUCGCGUUUGGUGGCAAGGACCAUGAUGAUCUGUCGAGCUGCAAUAGGGGCGAUUGGACCGAGAAUAACAAAGAUCUUGGAAUGUAUAAAUAUCGGUGCAUUCAUGAGCCUAAGAUGAAUACAGAAAUGAGGACUCGAGAUGCUGACUGCACGUUCGCCUGCUGAAGGCCUUAUGCAUCACCAACACUUUGCCAUGGCGCGUCAUGAUCUGCACGUCAUCGCUGGCCCCUACGGCAAAUGAUAAAUCUGAGUUGAUUCGGCGGUUGUCCUACAAGAUAGAUCGCGAUCAAAACAAAACUUCGGUC